GGCCUGCGCGCUCCAGUUCCGCCCCGACCCGGGGGCCCUGGGCGGAGACUCCCAUUUCUGUCUUUUCUAUUGGGCGCACUUCCGAUGGCGUCAGGAAUUUCAGCCAAUGGGAGUCAGCCAGGAAGUACCUAUCUAGGCGGGCCGCGCCGGGUAUAAAAGAAGGCCGCGCAGCCGCUGCUGCUCACGACGCCGCGGAUACCCGAGCCUGUGUGUGUCUUGGACCUCAGUGAGGCCGCAGGACGAGCAGGAUUGGAAGCGCAUCAGCCAGAAAGUGACCUCCAACCCCUUUCAGGACCCUGUGAAAGGGAACAGCCAUCCAGAGGGCUCAGGAAGGCGUCCGCGCCGUCACCUCUUCUCCCCAUGAGCUCCCCCAAAGCUGCGGUGCAGUUGGGCAGAGCUCAGCCUGCAGGCGAAGCAGUGACUGCAGCAAACCCAGCAGCCCAGCAGCCCAGCGGCCCCGCCACGCGGCGCCUCACAAUCGAUGACUUUGAAAUCGGGCGUCCCCUGGGCAAGGGGAAAUUUGGGAAUGUGUACCUGGCUCGGCUCAAGGAAAGCCAUUUCAUUGUGGCCCUGAAGGUUCUCUUCAAGUCGCAGAUAGAGAAGGAAGGGCUGGAGCACCAGCUGCGCCGGGAAAUUGAGAUCCAGGCGCAUCUACAACACCCCAAUAUCCUGCGCCUGUAUAACUAUUUCCAUGAUGCACGCCGGGUGUACCUGAUUCUGGAAUAUGCUCCGAGGGGGGAGCUCUACAAGGAGCUGCAGAAAAGUGAGAAAUUAGAUGAACAGCGCACAGCCACGAUAAUAGAGGAGUUGGCAGACGCCCUGACCUACUGCCAUGAGAAGAAAGUGAUUCACAGAGACAUUAAGCCAGAGAACCUACUGCUGGGGUUCAGGGGUGAGGUGAAGAUUGCAGAUUUUGGCUGGUCUGUGCACACCCCCUCCCUGAGGAGAAAGACGAUGUGUGGGACACUGGACUACUUGCCCCCAGAAAUGAUUGAGGGGAGAACAUAUGAUGAAAAGGUGGAUUUGUGGUGCAUUGGAGUGCUCUGCUAUGAGCUGCUGGUGGGAUAUCCACCCUUUGAGAGCACCUCCCACAGCGAGACUUACAGACGCAUCCUCAAGGUAGAUGUGAGGUUUCCACCAUCAAUGCCUUUGGGGGCCCGGGACUUGAUUUCCAAGCUUCUCAGAUACCAGCCCUUGGAGCGACUGCCCCUGGCCGAGAUCCUGAAGCACCCCUGGGUUCAGGUCCACUCCCGAAGGGUGCUGCCUCCCUGUGCUCAGAUGGCUUCCUGAGCCCUGUCUGCCUCUGUUCCUUCGUGUGUGUUCAGGGAGCUCUCUUGGCUCUGCCACCUCAUUUGUCUUUAUUUUUUUUCUUUUAAGAUGUAAGAUGCUAAUUAAUAAAAGCUGAACCAUUUCGAACCA